GUUUGAGUCUCGACCUCUCGAUCUCACGUUCUCUCCGGCCAUGGACAGAUUGGUGAAAGCCGACGUGAAGGAAGUGGAGCUGAGUUUCAAACGUGAUCAGAAGUGCAGCACAACUUUCCGACUCAGCAACCUCAUGCACACCAUGUCCGUCGCAGUUAACCUAACCACCACAAACCCAUCUCUCUUCUCCUUCACGCAACCCUUCUCCAUAAUCCCUCCGCUCUCUUCCUCCUCCUACACCCUCCUCCUCUCCCACCCCUCCGACCACCCCCCACUCCCCACCACCGCCCCCAAUGACGUCAUCAACGUCAAGGCCUCGAUGCUGCCGACGGGGAAGGCGGGCCUGGAUGAUCUUCGCCGCCUGUUCGCGAGGCCAGGGCCGCACGUUUUCCGGGACGCCACCAUACCGAUCUCGUUUGUGGGCCCACAGGUGGUGGAGUUUCUCAUUUCUCAGCGGACCAAGAUCUCCGGGUUCGAUGUCUUUUUCGACAAAGCGGUUUCCGCGUGCUCUGGAUCUGAGCUCACGGCGCUGCUUAGUCCUGCUAUAGCUUCCGGCAACGCGAGCUUGGUCUCUAGCUUGAUCGACGCAGGUGGGGACGUGAAUAGAAAGGUUUCGGAUUCCGGGUGUUUGAUAUCUCUGGCUGUUCGGAGCGGGAGUAUUGAAGUUGUGAAGAUUCUGGUAGCUUCUGGCUGUAAAGUCGAUAGCUCGGUUCUGCACGACGCGGCGGCGAUGAACCGGGUCGAUUUGAUAGAGAUUCUGUGCAAGAAUUUCCCUGAACUUGACGUCAACUGGGUUGACUCCGAAGGCCGGACUCCGAUACACGUCGCGGCGGCGAACGGCCACGUGGAGAUGUUGAAGUUUUUAGUUUCUGCCGGAGGGGAUGGGGAGGUGUGGGACCAGAAGGGGUUGACUCCGCUUCAUUGGGCUGCUGAGAAGGGUCACUUGGAGCCGACCAAGUUUUUGUUGGAGUGUUCCGAUGUGAAAUAUGUUGUUACCAAGAAUGGAAAGACAGCUUUUGACCUCGCAGCGGAGAAUGGUCACUUGAGUUUGCUCGGUCAUCUCCGAUUCGACGACGUUUUGCUCCGGGCGGCGAGGCUGGACGACGUGCAUGGCCUUAAGAGUUGCCUUGCGGAAGGGGCAGAGGUGAAUGUGAGGGACCAAAAUGGCUGGACCCCUUUGCAUAGGGCUGCAUUCAAGGGAAGAAUUGAGUGUGUCAAGGUGCUGCUUAAUCAUGGUGCUCAGCUUGAUGUGGUGGACAAUGCAGGCUACAUGCCGCUGCAUUGCGCGGUGGAGGCGGGGCAUGUUCAAGUAGCUCUUUUGUUGGUGGCGCAUGGGGCUCGAGCCAAUGUGAAGAGUCUCGAGGGGAUUGUGUCGCCAGUUAGCUUGGAUCGGUUUAAGAACCACCCUGCUCUUGUUCAUCCUGUUUGUCAUGAAAAGGAGAGGGCUUGAGAUUGGGGACUAAUUAAGUAGUACUAAUAUGUUUUGGGGAUGAAUUUUCUUGCUGUGUUAUGCAAAUGUGCAAUCAAUGUGUAUAUAUUUUUGUUGAUUAUGUGUUUCUGUAU